ACACAUCUUACCAGUUCAUUCAUCACCAUCCUCGCCACUUCCUCCGCCGAACCAACAUGUCUAAGCACCACACCGAUCUCCUCAUGUGCCGCCGGCAACCCGGCGUCGCUAUCGGGCGCGUCUGCGAGAAGUGUGACGGCAAGUGCCCUGUAUGCGACUCAUUCGUCCGCCCUAUGACACUCGUGCAUAUCUGCGACCAGUGCGCGUUCGGGCAGAGCGGGACGCGAUGUGUAGUCUGCGGCGCGCAUGCCGUCUCGGACGCAUACUACUGCGUCGAGUGUACGAGGCUCGAGAAGGACCGUGAUGGAUGUCCGCGCAUCGUGAACUUGGGUGCAUCACGAGUCGACGCAUUCUAUGAACGCAAGAAACUUGCAACACAAGGAGGCGGGUUUAAACAAGGAUAGCGCGCAAGUGCCGCCUGUCCAUUUGUGACGCGCAUGUAUGGUGUUGGAUCUCAG